UUUCGGGGGGAGGCUUCGGAGAAGGACGAGAAGGAGCAAGCACUGGGGUACAGCUUGAAGGGGGAGCUGGUGCCCUGUGGGAAAACUUGGAAACUGUUUCGCUUCGGUAGCGUAUGGCAAUAAUACACUUCCAUCCGCUGACAAAGUGCGUUUGCAUGAAGACAGAUCGGUGUGUGAGAGUAAAGCUGCCAGGCACUCUGCUUCCAGAGCCUUCAUCUCCUGUGACACUAAAAGCAUCUUCUUAGUCACUAGCUGUGAUGGCAUAAAUAGAGGAGUAGGUUGCGGUGCCAGUAAGAAGCUUCAAGUGUUUUUCUCUGAAGAAGAUGCAGAUUUUUGUAUAGAUACCGGUACGCUGCCCUUAUACGCUGCAGACAUAAUAGCAGACAGGGCUGCCGCUCCAAGGAGCUGACUGCGUCUGUGACUCGGAGCUUGGCGUCCCGUUUGCAUCGGCGCUGCCCUCGCUGCCGAUCGGAGCCCUUGCUGGGACGGCCUAGUUUGAGCGACAGGAGGCAAACAUGGCCCAAGUGCCCGCUGAUCCGAGUAGUGCGGAAACUGCUGACCCAGAGGAGAGUUCUCCAAAUAUGAUAGUCUACAGAAAGAUUGAAGACAUCGUUACAAGAAUGCAGGAUGACAAAACAGGUGGAGUUCCCAUCCGCACUGUCAAGAGCUUUCUGUCCAAAAUCCCCAGUGUCGUCACUGGUUCUGAUAUUGUGCAGUGGCUUAUGAGGAACCUCAGCAUUGAGGAUACAGGGGAAGCAAUACACUUGGGAAGUCUCAUUGCUGCACAAGGUUAUGUCUUUCCAAUUUCAGACCAUGUCCUUACCCUGAAAGAUGAUGGGACGUUCUAUCGUUUUCAGGCACCAUACUUUUGGCCCUCAAAUUGCUGGGAACCAGAAAACACAGAUUAUGCCAUCUAUCUUUGCAAACGGACCAUGCAGAACAAAGCUAGGCUGGAGCUGGCGGAUUAUGAAGCCGAAAACUUAGCAAGACUUCAGAGAGCGUUUGCAAGAAAGUGGGAAUUCAUCUUCAUGCAAGCAGAGGCCCAAGUGAAAAUCGACAGGAAAAAGGAUAAAACAGAAAGAAAGAUUUUGGACAGCCAGGAAAGAGCAUUCUGGGAUGUGCACAGGCCUGUGCCAGGUUGUGUGAACACCACAGAAAUGGACAUUAGAAAAUGUCGCCGUAUGAAAAAUCCACAAAAAGUGAAAAAGUCGGUAUAUGGGGUUACAGAGGAGUCUCAGCCCCAAAGCCCUGUACACAUGCCAUCCCAGCCGGUACGCAAAACUACAAAGGAGGACUUCCGGAAGCAAAUAACUUUUCUGAACAUGCAGAUAGAGAGACACUGUUUAAAGAUGUCCAAAGUAGCAGAAAGUUUAAUAGCCUACACAGAGCAGUAUGUGGAAUAUGACCCUUUUAUAACUCCUGCUGAGCCUUCCAAUCCCUGGAUAAGUGAUGAUGUAGCAUUGUGGGACAUUGAAAUGAGCAAAGAACCUAGUCAGCAGCGUGUGAAAAGAUGGGGUUUCUCCAUGGAUGAGGUGCUGAAGGAUCCAGUAGGACGAGACCAGUUCCUUCGUUUCCUGGAAUCAGAAUUCAGCUCAGAAAACCUGAGGUUUUGGUUGGCUGUCCAAGAUCUCAAGAAACAACCUCUACAGGAUGUAACCACCAGAGUGGAAGAAAUCUGGCAAGAGUUUCUAGCUCCUGGGGCCCAAAGUGCUAUCAACCUGGAUUCCCACAGCUAUGAGAAAACAAGCCAAAAUGUCAAAGACCCAGGGAGAUAUACAUAUGAAGAUGCACAGGAGCACAUUUACAAGCUGAUGAAGAGUGACAGCUAUGCGCGCUUCCUCCGUUCCAGUGCUUACCAGGACUUACUGCUGGCGAAGAAGAAGACAGAGAAUGAGCAAGGUCGUAGAACUUCUCUAGAAAAGUUCACUCGCAGUGUGGGAAAGUCUCUGGCGAGCAAGCGCCUCACGGGCCUGAUGCAGUCCUCCUGACAUCUUCUUCAGCCAACCGCCCCGUGGGAGAGACAUCUGGGACCGCUGCUGGGGACGGGGCAUUUCAGGGAGAGCAGUCCCCUGCAGGGGAGAGAGCCUGAGUGACUGGAAGUGGAGAGCCACAUGCCAGGGGAGCACCUCUCUUCAUAGUUUACACCUACACUUUCCUGCCUGCACAGCUCCGUAAGGACCCCGAGCUCUGUCCAGGUACUUUGUUUCCAACCGAGGUUUGGAGGAGCACACUUCACUAUACAUAGGAGGUCGACAAGGCAAGGGCUUGUUGUCUCAUUAUUUAAGGAAACAGACCCAACCACAACUAGGAGAAAGAAGAGCUGAGAGAUAUCGGUAUUUUUAUGCAUCUCCUCUCUCCCUGGCACAAACAUGACUGUAAUAGAUGGCUCCACAAUCUCACUUGCUCCCUUUCUUGUGGCCGUCUGGAUCCAAUAAAAUAUCUGCUGGAAGCUGCUUCUCCUGCUUACAAAAUCUCAAAUGCAUUUCUCCUGCAGAUCCAUUGACUUUAACUUUGUUUUUCUUUCCUAUGUUUCUCCUCCUUUAAAGCAAUGAAAAAAAAAAAAAGGCAUUAUUUAAGUUCAUCACUCAUUUCUAUCCAAUAGCAUGUAGCAUGUCCAGAGAUGAUGGCCAGAUCCUCAGCUGAAGUCAGGAGAGCAGGAGUGGUUUUCAUCACCUAAGGAUCUGGUCCAUUAAGUCAGACUUUGAUACUGGUACAAAUCCUCUGAUGUCAGCGGAAUCACUCUGCAUGUGUGCAUAGUGCAAAUGUGAUCAGACUCUGCCUGAUGCUCAAAAGUCAUGUUUUAGAUGUGCAAUGCACACACAAGUACACACACACAUACACACACGCACAGUAUUUUAAAGUGAGUUGGUUUAUAUUUUAUUUAAUUUUCUAUUUAUUUAAGGUUAUGCAUACUUAAUCAAUGUUAGAUGUUCAAGCUUUACUCCAAGCAGAUCAAACUGGACUCCAGCUCCAAUCACAGAGGGCCAAAAUCUGCUCACAAGUAUACAUGGAAAGGCAACUCUGAUGUGGGCAGAUGUCAAAAUUCAGUCUACAAUGAGGAGGGAAUUGAUGGAGAUUGGACCAGCAGAAGGAGGGUGUUAAUGGGCAGGGCACUGGGUGCCAGGUGACCGUUCCUAAACAGCAGCACACCCAGCUGUGAUAUCAUGCUCAGAUAACUUACCCUGCUGAGAAGCAUCAUUCUGAGUAUGAAAAGAGCUUCCACUAAAACUCAUCUGACCUACAACCCAUCAGUGCAACAGCAAACCCAGUAGCUUUUUUCAAAUUGUUGAGAGUACAGAGAUUAGGAUGAGGACAGAACCGAAAUGACUUUAAUAAAAAACCCACUUAUACUAGCUACAGAUAGGAAAAUGGCCUGCAUUCACAUACUGUUUAUUGUCUAUAUAUGAAAAUUUCAAGACUUAGUGCCACAAAAUCUCCUGUAUUUUGCAAGCAGUUCAGAUGUAAAGCAUAUGUGAAACAAGACGUUUCUUGGUCUUCUUCUCUCAUGCCAAGGCAAAUUGGCUUUUUGUACAGGUGGUAGAAAUUGCUACAUGGCUACAAGUCUGCAUUCCUACCUAGGCAAACCCAUCUAGCUAAGUAGACAGCUGGCUAUUGACAACAUUCUUCUGAGGCAAGUAUUAUUCUCAUAUCUAAGGCCUAUGUAUGCACAAAAACAUGCCAGCAUAGUUUCUCUCAGAAGAAGGACCUUCCCUCUUUAUCUAUGAAAGUUCUCAUUCUGAUACCUCUUUUUUUUUCCCCAGAAAACUUCUAUUAUCAAUUAUACCUAAGAUCCAUACACCUGCAUGAAUGUACAGUAGAAUAUUGAGUAUAAUGUUUGUUCUUUACACAUGCCUAUACCUUAAAAGCCUGCUAUCUGAGGCCUUCAGUCCAAAUUCAUCUUACACAUCCUACAUACAUGACAUGUGAGUUCCAGGACUUCAGAACCGCUGUGGAUGUGCCUGGACAUUCUUGUGGUGCUCUGCCUCUGAAGGAGAUAUUUAGUUCCCUCCAAAUUGUCACUUAGCUCUCUUUGCGGGACCCAUCUGUCCUCUGUUGUUCACCCAGCCAAAGGGUCCCCUCAGGAAAUAGCAGGUCCUCAUGUAAAAGGCUCACUUGUCCAUUCAUGCAUAUUCAUACAUGUCCCCUUAGUCAUCCUUAGGAAAAUGCAGAGGUUAGCUCUCCUCAGAGCCUUUCAGAUGGUGUUUUCAUCUCUGUCAAGCCCAUCAUUACCAUGCAUCACUGGGGCUCUGUAAACCAACAGCUGCUCGAACUCCACUUCCAGUGUUGCCCAACCUCUGGGCAUUUCCCAUGGGAGGUCUGUCUUGUGAACCUUCAAAGUGGUCUGCAGAGCAUUCCUGAGCAAGAUGUACAUAGCAAGCAUGAAACUCUGGUGUGUAGCAAAGGAUAGUAAAGUGUUACCAGGGGAUCUCUGCUAUGCUGAUAGAGUUCUUGACACUGGAGAGGUCAUCUCCUGGGGGAAGGAUGGGGUAGCUCUGCGGAGGUACUCCUCAGUUUCCUGCAGCUUUGGGGCACAUGUGGGCAGGACUGGAGGAUGCAGGCAGGUGAUGGGACAGGUGGAAAUUGAGUUAUGGUCCAUGCGCAGGGAGCAGAAGUGCCAGAAUUUAACUUGGAGAUGUGCUGCUGCCCUGUGAGCAAAGUGCCCUGCUCUGUCUCUUGGGUUCAGUCCUGCAGGAUGGUCAUGUUGGCUGCCAUAGUAUUUUGCCUAUGGGGAAUAUUCUGUAUUUGAACAGUUGAGUGCAAGGAGGGAAUUCUUAGAGAUGCGGAGAGCAUGCAUAUGGGUGUGCAUCAGGGGGCCUGGAUGCUGAACAGCUUGCCAUCUAAAUGCACACUCGUGCAAGCUAAUCUGCUCAGUAAUGGCUAGCUGAGCGGACAGAGCUGCAUAUUCCCUAGAGGGAAGAAAGCUCUGCUCCUCAUUUCCUGACUAAAUUUCUCCAAAACAAACAUGCAAGUAGACAAGACCUUCUCCUGGGAACACAUAUGAACUGUUCUUUUAUGUCACAUAUGGUGAUACUAACAUGUAACUACUUCCACAUGAACUGCAUCCUUGAAUUACUGCUUUUUAAUGACAUUGCUUAUUCCAAGUGAUCCUAGUCUUGUACAUCCAACAGUAUCCCACUGAGCAUUGCAAGCAGUAAUCUGCUGCUUAGUAAGUGUCCCAUGUCUUCCAGCUACCUCAUCGGGUUGAAGAUGAGUUAGGAAAUCAGCUUUCCACCUCUGUUUAUGUUCUAAAUGGCACUGUUUCAAGGAAAGACAGUCUGGAAAGCUUUUACAAUGUCCAUGCAGUGCAAGAGAGUUACAAAGCUUCCCAUACUUACAGGACUAUGGCUGUGAAAUAUGGCUGUACACUGUUAUUUGGAUAAUAGAGUAUCCAGAGUAUUUGUGGCUAUUGUGGCAAAACCCAGGAAAAGCACUAGGGAGGUUUGACAAGCCUGGGCAGACAGCGUUAGGCUAAAGCAAAUGGAUUAAUGUACUCUCAGUAUAACUCAGCACUAAGAUCCCAUAGAGUACUAUAAUAAAAUGGUAGCAGGGCAGCCAUAAAAAGUGACAGUAAGCUGACAUAAUAAUACCAGAAUAAAUGUAGCAAUAAGGUAACACAGGCCGCUGCAGUAAAGUAGCAUUUUGAUAAUGCAGCAAUAAGACACAACAGCAUGCUGCAGUAAAUUAGUUUGGGGAAUAAGGCAGUAAUAACAGUGUGUGUGGACAAACAGUGGUACAUUUUACCAGGUACUGCAGCAAUAAAGAUAACACAUGAUGUCCUAGUAAUAAGUUACUACAGUAACAACAACAUGAUGGACUGUAAAGUUAUAUCAGGAUGCUUCCAUGCUGCAGUCAAAUCCUGCAAGAGGUGGUAGAGAGACAAUGAAGACAAAAUAUACCCCAUUUUGGACUGCAAAACUUGAAUCAGUUUUCUGCACAAUUAUCUCAGCAAUACCAAUCCUCUCAUUCCCCACUUUCAAGGAAGCUGAGGCAAGAGUGUUCCCCCAUCCAGACUAUUAUUUUGAUCUAAAAAUACAAAAUUGACUUAUUGUCUCUUCAGCCAAAUUGUCACAGACUAUGGUGAAGUUCUUUGUUUAGUCCUACUCACGUGAAACCCUGGUGGUUUUGGUAAGUCCUUUGCCGUGGAAAGGAUUUGGCUCUCUAAUCUUUCUGGCAUGGGUGAUGCUUUUAGCCUGAAAUUAUUUCUGUUUUGGGUGGGGGAAGGGGAACCCAGGGACAGAACAUCUGACUGUACUAGUCUGUUUCCUGAAAUGCACAAAUAAAUUGAGCAUCCUGGAAAAGUCUAA